AGGUCAUUUUGGUGUGUGCUUUGCGGUAUUAACUCGUGCUUUCCCUUCAGUAGUUAAGCGUAGAGAAUUUGAGGCCAUGGCAAUCAGCAGAAGGAGCUCCAUGCUGUUGGUGAUGGCCUUAGUGCUUGGGACGGUCUCCCUUGCCACGGCCGCAUCUGGAGUCGCCACCUUCUACACUCAAUACACACCGUCGGCGUGCUACGGGAACAGGAACAUGGGGAACAUGGUGGCGGCGGCGAACGACAGGUUGUACAACAACGGCGCCGUGUGCGGGCGGUGCUACGCCGUGAAGUGCGCCGGCGCGGCGGCCGGCGGCGGCGGAGGCAACCCCUGCACCGGCGCCAGCGUCACCGUGAAGAUGGUCGACAACUGCGCCAGCAGCGACGGGUGCACGAGCACCAUCGACCUCUCCAGGGAGGCCUUCGCCAAGAUCGCCAACCUCGACGCCGGCGUCAUCAGGAUCACCUACAACCCAACGGUAUGUCCGUAGAGUUUCGGAGCUACUUCCUCCAUUUCACAAUAUAAGUCAUUCUAGUAUUUUCCACAUUAACAUCAAUGUAUCUAGAUUCAUUAAUAUCAAAAUAAAUGUGGAAAAUGCUAGAAUAACUUACAUUGUGAAAUGGAGGGAGUAGACCAUAUAAUUAUUAUUAUGGUCAUCACAUUUGCCACGUCGAGGCAAGAACCCAAGAAGGAUAGAUAUUUCAGAUUUUCAGUAGUAAUAUAACGCAAUAAUGUUCCUGGAAGAAAAAUAUAAGAGGAAUGUAAUAAUGUUGGGUUCUGUUAACCCUAGCGGUUAUGUCAUCGUUAAAUAAAAGAAAGGAAUGUAAUAAUGUUGGGUUCUGUUUAUCCUAGCGGUUAUGUCAUCGUUAAAUAAAAGAAGUUCCCACAAUGGUUUAGUGAAUUAA